CGGGGCGCCCUUCGCAGGGCGGGGUAACCCAGGCUCCGGGGUCUUUGGCAGGGGUCCAGCCUGAGGCCCUGGGGCGGCGGCGGCCGCGGCAGCAGCAGCGGGCGGGGUUUGGGGGUUUUUUAUAACCCUGGCAGGCUGCUCAGGAAGUGAGUGCCUUCCCGCGCCCCCUCCCCCGGCCACGCCGCCGCGCGCUAGCUCCCUCCCUUCCUGCGCGCUGGGCGGCGAGACUGUGCGGCCACGGUGGACCAGAGGCCCCGGGCACACAGAUUUAGAUGUCUGCACGGAAGGAGUGGCGGGAAAGAAGCAAGAGGAAAAAGGAGAUUUUACUUUAGGAACUGAAAAAGAAUGAAGGCCAAGAGGGUUUUUACCGGACCCAAAGAAGAGACGAGAUGACUCAGCAAACUUUGAACUCCAAAACCUCAUGUCAAGGAGGCUUGAGAUAUAGCUCAGUUAGCAGAGUGCUUCAAGCCUGGAUUCAGUCCCCAGCUCUGCAUAGACUGGGUAUAGAGGGCUCCCAGCACAUGGAACGUGGAAGCAAGAGAGUCAGAAAUUCAAGUUCUUAGCUACACAGAAAGUCUGAGAUGAACCUGGGGAGACCGGUGAUGCUGCCCAGACUGUGAACAGGGGAGGCAGCACUGCAGGGGCUGCCAGCAGCCGGGGCUGGGGAGAGACAUGUGGACACGUAGCUCCUAUGGCUUCUGCCUGCCAGAUCCUCCGCUGGGCCCUUGCCCUGGGGCUGGGCCUCACAUUCAAGGUCACGCAAGCCUUCAGAUCUCAAGAUGAACUCCUGUCCAGUUUGGAGAGCUAUGAGAUUGCCUUCCCAACCCGCGUGGACCACAACGGGGCAAUGCUGGCCUUCUCUCCACCUGCCCCCCGGAGGCAGCGUCGGGGUACAGGGGCCACAGCCGAGUCGCGCUUGUUCUACAAGGUGGCCGCACCCAGCACUCACUUCCUGCUGAAUCUGACCCGCAGCCCCCGUCUCCUGGCAGGGCAUGUCUCCGUGGAAUACUGGACGCGGGAGGGCCUGGCCUGGCAGAGGGCUGCCCGAGCCCACUGCCUCUAUGCUGGCCACCUACAAGGCCAAGCUGGGAGCUCCCACGUGGCCAUCAGCACCUGUGGGGGCCUGCACGGUCUCAUUGUGGCAGGCGAGGAAGAGUAUCUGAUUGAGCCCCUGCAAGGUGGGCCCAAAGGUCGCCGUGGCCCAGAAGAGAGUGGCCCCCACGUAGUAUACAAGCGUUCCUCUCUGCGUCACCCCCAUCUGGACACAGCCUGUGGAGUGAGAGAUGAAAAACCAUGGAAGGGUCGUCCAUGGUGGCUGCGGACACUGAAACCACCACCUGCCAGACCUCUGGGGAAUGAGACAGAGCGAGGCCAGCCGGGCCUGAAGCGAUCAGUCAGCAGGGAGCGCUAUGUGGAGACACUGGUGGUAGCCGACAAGAUGAUGGUGGCCUACCACGGGCGGAGAGAUGUGGAGCAGUAUGUGUUGGCCAUCAUGAACAUUGUUGCCAAACUUUUCCAGGACUCGAGUCUGGGAAACAUCGUCAACAUCCUCGUCACUCGCCUUAUCCUGCUCACAGAGGACCAGCCCACCCUGGAGAUCACCCACCAUGCUGGCAAGUCACUGGACAGCUUCUGUAAGUGGCAGAAAUCCAUCGUGAGCCACAGUGGCCAUGGCAAAGCCAUCCCAGAGAACGGUGUGGCCAACCAUGACACAGCUGUGCUCAUCACACGCUAUGACAUCUGCAUCUACAAGAACAAACCCUGCGGCACUCUGGGCCUGGCCCCUGUGGGUGGGAUGUGUGAGCGUGAGAGGAGCUGCAGCAUCAAUGAAGAUAUCGGCCUGGCCACGGCAUUCACCAUUGCCCAUGAGAUCGGGCACACAUUUGGCAUGAAUCACGAUGGUGUGGGGAAUGGCUGCGGGGCCCGUGGUCAGGACCCAGCAAAACUCAUGGCUGCCCACAUUACCAUGAAGACUAAUCCAUUCGUGUGGUCAUCGUGCAGUCGAGACUACAUCGCCAGCUUUCUGGACUCGGGCCUGGGGCUUUGCCUGAAUAACCGGCCUCCCAGACAGGACUUCGUGUACCCGACGGUGGCUCCCGGCCAGGCCUACGACGCUGAUGAGCAGUGCCGAUUCCAGCAUGGAGUCAAAUCGCGUCAGUGUAAAUACGGGGAGGUCUGCAGUGAACUGUGGUGCCUGAGCAAGAGCAAUCGGUGCAUCACCAAUAGCAUCCCAGCUGCUGAGGGAACAUUGUGCCAAACACAUACCAUCGACAAAGGGUGGUGCUACAAACGUGUGUGUGUCCCCUUUGGGUCUCGACCAGAGGGUGUAGAUGGGGCCUGGGGCCCAUGGACUCCAUGGGGCGACUGCAGCAGGUCAUGUGGUGGCGGUGUGUCAUCCUCCAGUCGGCACUGCGACAGCCCCAGGCCGACCAUUGGGGGCAAGUACUGUCUGGGCGAGAGACGGAGGCACCGAUCCUGCAACACCGAUGACUGUCCCCCUGGCUCCCAGGACUUCCGAGAAAUGCAGUGCUCUGAAUUUGACAGUGUUCCCUUCCGUGGGAAGUUCUACACGUGGAAGACGUAUCGCGGAGGCAGGGAGUUCCAGGGUGACCUGGCUCCAGGUCUGAUGGGGCCAUGCCCCCCAGGGGGCGUGAAGGCCUGUUCACUGACUUGCCUAGCAGAAGGCUUCAACUUUUACACGGAGAGAGCAGCAGCUGUGGUGGAUGGCACACCCUGCCGCCCUGACACCGUGGACAUCUGUGUCAGCGGCGAGUGCAAGCAUGUGGGCUGUGACCGGGUCCUGGGUUCUGAUCUCCGAGAGGACAAAUGCCGAGUGUGUGGGGGUGACGGCAGUGCCUGUGAGACCAUCGAGGGGGUCUUCAGCCCAGCUUUGCCAGGAAGUGGGUAUGAGGACGUCGUCUGGAUCCCCAAAGGCUCCGUCCACAUUUUCAUCCAAUAUCUGAACCUGUCCCUUAGCCACCUGGCCCUAAAAGGGGACCAGGAAUCUCUGCUACUGGAGGGGCUACCUGGGACCCCCCAACCUCACCGCCUUCCCUUGGCUGGGACCACCUUUCAUCUACGUCAGGGUCCAGAUCAGGCCCAGAGCCUAGAAGCCCUGGGGCCCAUUAAUGCAUCUCUCAUUGUCAUGGUGCUGGCCCAGGCAGAGCUGCCUGCCCUCCACUACCGCUUCAACGCGCCCAUUGCCCGGGAUGCGCUGCCUCCCUACUCCUGGCACUACACCCCCUGGACCAAGUGCUCAGCCCAGUGCGCAGGCGGCAGCCAGGUUCAAGUGGUGGAGUGCCGAAAUCAGCUGGACAGCUCAGCGGUGGCCCCACACUACUGCAGCGCCCACAGCAAAUUGCCUAACCGGCAGCGUGCCUGCAACACAGAACCAUGCCCACCAGAUUGGGUUGUAGGAAACUGGUCACGGUGCAGCCGCAGCUGUGACGCUGGGGUGCGAAGCCGCUCGGUGGUGUGCCAGCGCCGGGUGUCUGCUGCAGAGGAGAAAGCCCUAGAUGACAGUGCCUGUCCACAGCCACGCCCACCUGUGCUGGAGGCCUGCCAGGGCCCAAUGUGCCCUCCUGAGUGGGCAGCCCUGGAAUGGUCUGAGUGCACCCCGAGCUGCGGGCCUGGUCUCCGCCACCGAGUGGUCCUUUGUAAGAGUGCAGAUCAGCGGUCCACUCUGCCCCCUGGGCACUGCCCUCCCUCCGCCAAGCCACCAACCACUAUGCGAUGCAACCUGCGCCGCUGCCCUCCUGCCCGUUGGGUGGCCAGCGAGUGGGGUGAGUGCUCCUCACAGUGUGGCCUCGGCCAGCAGCAGCGCACGGUGCGGUGCACCAGCCACACGGGCCAGCCGUCCCGAGAGUGCACAGAGGCCCUGCGGCCAUCCACCAUGCAGCAGUGUGAGGCCAAGUGUGACAGCGUGGUGCCCCCUGGAGAUGGCCCAGAAGAAUGCAAGGAUGUGAACAAGGUGGCCUACUGCCCCCUGGUGCUCAAAUUUCAGUUCUGUAGCCGAGCCUACUUCCGCCAGAUGUGCUGCAAAACCUGCCAAGGCCGCUAGGGGUGUGCAGCACCCGGAGCCACCCUGGAGCACAGACGAGGGAACUCCACUGGAGAGGGCCUGCGGGAGGGAGGGAGGCUGGGAUUGAAGGGUGAGAUGCAGUUGAAAGUUAUUUAUUGGGUAACCCCUAUAGGAAUCCUGGCUAGGGGAUGGAGAAGAGCUGGCUACCCCAGGGACCCUCUUCUUGUCCAGCUGACGGUGAAAAGAGGGCUGCCCCAUGCCGCACACAGCUUUAAGUCCCCAGCACUCCCCCCACCCUUUGAUCGGAAUAUGUACUGUGAAGAGUGGGGGUGGGGAGGGGGUAUGCCGGUGCCCUGCCCCCAGCACUGUUCUAUCCCUCCACUCUGAGCUGGGGGGAUUUAUAUCUGCUAUGGGGGAGUGGGAUUAAUACCACCUCCCUGCGACCCUCCCCCAGACUAACCAGGGGCAAGAUCUACCCCAACCUCUGCCCUGCCUGCCCCAGGGGGAGCCCAACAUCCAGGCUACCCCCAUCAUGGUGCUACAAGCCCUGCCUUGGGGUCCACACACUCCUCACCAAGAAGCCUUACAUCAAUAAAGUUCUGUCUUAUGUAGA